ACAACGCUUCACUGCAAACAGGGUUCCGAUUUGCCCAUCUACAUAUGGUACGAAAGCUAUCCGGAACACAUCGAAGAGGGCUACAAGGGCCGUGUGUCACGCGUCUCACAGGACUCACCGUUCGGUUCGGCUUCACUCAAUUUGACCAACAUCAAGGAGUCGGAUCAAGGCUGGUAUGAGUGUAAAGUGGUAUUUUUAAAUCGUGAUCCCAAGCAGCAUAAGAACGGUACAUGGUUCCAUUUAGACGUACAUGCACCGCCACGUUUUAGUGUUACACCAGAGGAUAUUAUAUAUGUUAAUUUAGGCGAUUCAAUUAUUCUAAAUUGUCAAGCCGAUGGCACACCAACACCCGAAAUCUUAUGGUACAAAGAUGCUAAUCCCGUUGAUCCCUCGCCUACUGUUGGCAUCUUUAAUGAUGGCACCGAGUUACGGAUCUCCACCAUACGAC